AUGGACGAUCCUGUCCAGCAUAGCCGCAAACGCCGUAUUAUUGCUCAGGCCGUGACUACCGAGGCUGUGAAGAGUAUGGAAUCGAUCAUUCUCGGACACGUGGAUCAGUUUUGUGAGUUGCUUACUCCCUCGACUAGUCAGCAGAAUGGGACUUGGUCAGAACCGCUUGAUGUUAAAGUGGCAGCAAACUGUUUCACGUUUGAUACGUUGACAGAUGUUGCUUUGGGACGGAGUCCUGACAUGCUGACAAGUGAGAAGAAUCGAUGGAUACUGUCAUUGCUACCCAAGGCUGUAAAGUUUCUUCAUACUAUGGGCCACAUGCCCAUCCUUUUGUGUCUUUAUUAUCUUCCUUUCAAAUCCCAGAUGGCCAAAGACAUGACCAUGUACCACCAAGACCUCAGUGAGAAGAUAGCCCAACACCGUAUUCGACAGGGUACACGCUCAGAUGGCGACAAAGCCGAUGUAUUAUCCUACUUAAUAAACGCAAAGGACCCUGAGACUGGUGGUGCCGACACCACCGCUUUAGCAAUAACAGCGGCACUUUUCUAUCUCGCACAGUACCCGUCUUCCCUCAUCAAACUUCGUACCGAGCCGCAACAAGCUUUCGAUAGUAAGGACAGCAUUCGUAUGGGUCCUGUGCUCUUGUCUUGUCUGUAUCUCAGAGCCUGUCUUGACGAGGCGAUGCGCCUUGUGCCCGCCGUCGGGGGUGUCUUGCCGCGCACAGUCUUACCUCCAGGGCUUGUGAUUGCAAAUGAGUAUUGUCCGCCUGGGACCAUUGUCGGUGUACCUGGCUAUGCCAUGAACCAUCACCCAGAAUACUUUCCAGAGCCGUUUUCGUUCAGGCCAGAGAGAUGGAUUGUUGGCUCCUUGGGGCCGGGAAAGACCACCGUCACAGAGGCUGAUGUACGGCGUUCGCAGGCUGCAUUCCUACAGUUUAGCCAAGGACCCCGAGGCUGUGUGGGCAAGCACUUGGCUUAUGCGGAGCUGAGCUUGGCGGUGGCAUCAGUGGUGUGGAGCUUUGAUAUGGAGGUCUCCAACAAGGCCAGCAGCCUCGCCAAAUUUCAAGAUCGAGAUGACUGGCGAGAAGCUAUGUCUUCCCGUGGAGAGAUUCCCACCGGCGACAUCUGCCCAUGA